AAAAUCUACAGGGACCUUAUUGAUGAGGAGGUGGAUGCCAUUGCUACUGCUAGGUUCGAUGCUUAAACUGGAGCUGUGAUACGGAAGCUUAGCUUAUUCUCUCAUGGAACUACUAUAUCAGAUGGAUGGACAUGACCAGAACGUGAAUUUCAAGGUCAUAAUGGCAAACCAACAGGGCAGACACCCUUCAUCCUGCCCUCUUAUGUCCCUUGGAGACUUGAUCGUAAAAUUGAGUUCCUCCUUCCUGAUAGACGUCAAAAGAGCCUUGUUUUCCAGGUUUGUCCCAGUUUCUAUCUUAUUGACUGUUUUUUCCUUGUGCACCUCCAAAAUGAACCUCGGCGAAGAGGUUGACUUGGAAGACUAUGUUCCACGGCCUGAUAAAAUUAGCGCUGCUGAGAGGUUAGUUGACGGCCAAGAUAUAAAGGAGGUGAGACUAGAUAGCCUCCGAAGUUCCAUAGGAGUUGUGCCACAAGAUACUUUGAGUGGUGGAGAGAAACAAAGAAUGGCACUUGCUCGAGCCUUCCUGAAAUCCCCUGCGACUCUGACAGCACAACAGAGUCAGAGGUACUUACCGCACUCAAAGCAGUGGCGAGUAACAGGACAUCCAUCUUCAUUGCCCACAGGCUGA